CCCGCCGAUGCCUGGGAUAGUACGCCCAUGGCAUAUGACGCCUAGUGGCCAGCUGCCGUAGAAGGAUCGGCAACCUGAUGAAGAUCUGAUAGAAGAUUCGUCAGAUUCUGAAGCUGAUGGUCGCACUACCCUUGCAGACUUCAUGAAGAACAAAGCAGGGGGUGCUGGAUCGAGCGGCACAAGCUCUGUGGUGCCCGCGGGUUGUCCCAAAGGUCCGAGGACAACCCCCCGAAAGCGGAAAGACGCCGUUGAUCCCAAUGCUCCAAGUGGACCUCUAGCCCAGAAACAACGGGUAGAACCAUCAAAGGCAAUAGUUUCUAUUUCUGCGACCACAGAAGGGGAAAGGGAUACCCCCAGUGCUGAAGAAAUUCUCACUGGUGAGACUAUCUUGCCACCGCCUUCGUCCUUUGUUGGCCUUCCUAUUGAUCGGCUACUUUACAUGGAUGAACAAGUAGGCGGAGCUGCGGGAGCUUCGAUAGAAGAAUCUGACGACGAGCUGAUAAAAGAGCUCACAGCGUCUCCUCCUCCCGUCAUAGAGAACCUUGAAGAGGAUCUAGAAGAUGAUCCUCAAUUGACAGCUGAGAAUAUAAAGAAAUUCCAGAAGAAUGUUCGAGAAUUUCAUCGAUUUUCUGUGCAAUUGUCCAAUCGGUCACACCUCAAGUCUCUUCGGAUGAAGGAUGCUACCGAAGACUUGAAGAAACUCCAAAAGGAUGUUUAGACCUUGAAGAGGGAGAAAGCCGCACUAGAGCGCAAAGUGGAGUUGCUGAAAGAUGUCGUGCAGAGGAAUCGAGAUGGGACUGAUGUUCAGAAGCAGUCCUUGGAGGAGAUCCAGAAAGAAUUAUCCCAAAGCUUGGAGCAGUGCAAAACUGUGACGUAUGAAAGGGAUCUUCUCAAGGAUGAGCUAGCAGAGCUCAAAUCUACUGCAUAAGCUGUGGUAGCCAUGGUGGAUCCCGUUGAGGAAGGAACAACUUCAGACAAGGUUCUUGUGGAUCGUCUGAGAGAGGCUCCUCAAAAGAUCGCCAAGUACCUUACAGACACCUCCAAGGACUAUAUUGCUUAUGUCCUAGGUCUUGUUAGGUCGUACUAGCCCCAGGCAAGGUUGGAUCCUCUGGGUGAAGGCAUGGCAGCAGCAUGCUCUGAAGAAGACUUCGCCAAGUACACUGAGGAAUCCAAACCUGUAGCUGGUAGGAUUGUAGAUAUGUUAGAGCAAGAAUCCGAUGCUGGAUCUUGAACUUUGUACACAUUAUUGUAAACAACGUUGUGUUUGCGAGUAUACAAGUGCCUUUGUGUGAUGUUCACAGUCUUAAGUGUUUGCUUAUAUCACAGGCUCUUUUUGAAGCUAUUCGAUUACCCCAAGUUUGUUGACCCAUUAGGGAGAAUUGGUAUUCGAAGUAGCUGUUGAAAUUCUCGACUACUAACGGAACUCUGGACCACUCGAGGUGAAGGCAGAGCUAGAUUAGUAGGGAGGAUCUUUAGAGGCGUAAGAGCCCAUUACUAUUCGAUCAACCCGUGCCUUUGACCCUGUGGAACAGGGAAAGGUUAGUACUCGAGAUAG